CGUCGGGGCGCGUGCGGAAGCCGUUUGGCCUUUCUCUUGGCCGCGCGGCGGGUGGCCCCCGGCUAUGGCUGCUGGCGAGGGGGGCGACGAAGAGGUGCGAGUGCUGCAGACUCUCCGCGGAAAGAUUUGUCAAGCCAAAAACUUAGUGCCAUAUUCAGGACCAAAUAAAAUGAGAGACUGCUUUUGUACAAUCAAUUUGGAUCAAGAAGAGGUGUUUCGUACUCAAGUGGUAGAAAAAUCUUUAAGUCCAUUUUUUGGAGAAGAGUUUUACUUUGAAAUACCAAGAAUAUUCCAGUAUUUAUCAUUCUAUAUUUAUGACAAAAAUGUACUACAGAGGGACCUGCGCAUAGGUAAAAUAGCUAUCAAAAAAGAAGAUUUGAGCAUAUAUUCUGGCAAGGAAACAUGGUUUAUGCUUCAACCAGUUGAUUCUAACUCAGAAGUUCAGGGAAAAGUACAUCUUGAAUUAAAAUUAAAUGAACUGAUUACAGAUAAUGGAUCUGUAUGCCAGCAGCUAGUAGUACAGUUGAAGGAAUGUCAUGGACUACCUCUUAUUAAUGGGCAAAAUUGUGACCCUUAUGCUACAGUAUCUGUUGUAGGUCCUUCAAGGAAUGAUCAAAAGAAGACAAAGGUAAAGAAGAAAACAAGCAAUCCACAAUUUAAUGAAACAUUUUAUUUUGAGGUAACUAGGUCCAGUAGUUACACCAAGAAGUCACAGUUUCAGGUAGAAGAAGAAGACAUUGAGAAACUGGAAGUCAGGAUUGACUUAUGGAACAAUGGCAACUUGGUGCAAGAUCUUUUCCUAGGAGAAAUUAAGAUUCCUGUCAAAGCAUUAGGAAGUGAUACUUUCCAAGCAUGGUACCUCCUACAGCCAAAAGAUAAUGGAAAUAAAUCUGCCAAAAGUGAAGAUCAUGGAUCUCUUAGACUGAAUAUAAAUUAUGCUGAAGAUUAUGUACUUCCAUCUGGGUACUAUGAGUCUCUUAGAGACUUGCUUCUGAAAUCAUCAGAAGUGGAGCCAAUUUCUGCAUCAGCUGCUUACAUCUUGGCCGAAGUGUGUCGUGAGAAAUUCAAUGGUAUUUUGCCACUUAUAAGGUUGUUGCUGCACCAUCAUAAAUUAGUGCAGUUUAUUGCUGCAGUGGCAGAAUUAGAACUGAAGGAAACUGAAGAAGUAAAUACAAUCUUCAGAGGAAACUCUUUAACUACUCGAUGUGUAGAUGAGAUGAUGAAAAUAGUGGGAAAGCACUACUUGAAAGUUACUUUAAAAUCAAUUCUAGAUGAGAUAUGUGAAAAUCCUAAACCCUGUGAAAUUGAUCCCCUGAAACUGAAAGAAGGAGAUAAUGUGGAAAUGCACAAGGAAAAUCUUCGUAAUUAUGUUGACAAAGUUUUCAGUACAAUUGUACAAUCAAGCAUAAGUUGCCCAACUUUAAUGUGUGAUGUCUUGUGUUCUCUGAGGCGCUUGGCUGCUGAAAGAUUUCCUAAUGACCCUCAUGUACAGUACUCUGCAGUGAGCAGCUUUGUGUUCCUUCGUUUCUUUGCUGUAGCUGUAGUAUCGCCUCAUACUUUCCAUUUACGACCUCAUCAUCCAGAUGCACAAACAUCUAGAACAUUAACUCUUAUAUCAAAAGCAAUUCAGACACUGGGAAGCUGGGGAAGUUUAUCCAAAAAUAAGCUGUCAAGCUUCAAGGAGACAUUUAUGUGUGAAUUUUUCAAAAUGUUUCAAGAAGAAGAAUGCAUUAAAAUAGUAAAAAAGUUUUUAGAUGAAGUGUCUUCCACGGAAAGUAAAGAACCAAGUGUCAUGAAUGAGCCAUUGCAUCUAAAAGAAGGGGAGAUGUUCAAAAGAGCACAAGGAAGAACUCGUAUUGGAAAAAAGAAUUUCAAGAAGCGUUGGUUCUGCCUUACAAGUAGAGAACUCACUUAUCAUAAGCAACGUGAUAAAGAACCUAUAUUCACCAUUCCAGUCAAAAACAUUCUUGCAGUAGAAAAACUUGAUGAGGGUGCAUUUAACAGGAAAAAUAUGUUUCAAGUAAUACAUGUUGAAAAACCACUCUAUGUGCAGGCAAAUAAUUGUGUGGAGGCUAGUGAGUGGAUAGAAGCUCUCUGUAGAGUGAGCAGAUGCAACCAAAAGCGAUUGAACAUCUAUCACCCAUCUGCUUUUUUGAAUGGAAAUUGGCUUUGCUGUAAAGCCACAUCAGAAAACACAGAGGGCUGUACGCCAUGUACUGCAGGUGUACCUGAUGACAUUCAGAUAGAAAUAGAUGGAGAUCGAGAAACAGAGAGAAUCUACUCAGUCUUUGCAAUCAGUAUGCCAAAACUCCAAAAAAUGCAAGAGGCUUGUGGAAGUAUAGCAGUCUACCAAGGUCCACAGAAAGAGCCAGAUUUCAAAAUUGAGGAUUCGGUAGCAACUUUCCAAACUCUUCAGCAAAUAAUAUCGAUUGUAGAACAAUUGGGCAUACAUCAUGAUAACUAUCGUGAAAAAAGAUCAUCUAGUGCUAAAUAUGGCAGUGAAGAAAACCCAAUUGUUGGAAAAAUUUCCUAACCAAAGGAACUUCAGUAGAAAUGGAUUUUGAAAGAAAAGAAUUGGAAUAAUUUUCACUCUUUAAUAACAAACUGCUUUUGUGAUCAUUCAGUGAAUUUAAGAAUAUACAUUUCCUGCAAAUUAGCUGCAUUCAUAACCUUAUUUAAUAUUUAACAGUGGAAAGAACAAUCUGGAAUCAGAUUUCUGCAGGGAUAAGGGAAACAUAUCCAUAUUGUUUAAAGAACUUAACAUACGAAAAUAUAAGUAAAGCAUCUAAAGCUGGGACGAUCUUCUAAAGAAAUAAGCUUUCUAAGGAAGAAAACAACUACCACCACCUUCAGUUGGAAUUUUAUCUGCCAGGAUAAUCAUCAGCUUCUGUGACUAUCGCUAUUAUCUGGACAAAGAUAUUCUGACAGGCGGCAAAAGAAUUUGAAGCUUUACAUUCAGCGCACAGUCACUUUUAAAACUUCCUUUCUUAAUCUACAGUAUAAAUGUGUUGUAUUUUUUAAAAGAACAGAAAUGAUGGUACUUUUUCAAAAUGUGCAUUGACAAUUAGCAAAGUUAUGUUAUUUAAGCGGUGUCACUGAAGCAGGACAAGUCAGGGAAUCUAUAUGUCUUGUUUACAAUUGGAGUGAAUAGUGAAAGAUGUGAUAUGGAACAAUUGUGGUUUUUUAUAACACAGUAGUAUUUUUAGUGAUUGGGGUUGGGGGGAAGGAGAAUAUAUGCUGUUCAUAUAAUACUGUAGCUGAAUACCAUGAGGCAUAUCAUUAAUAAUACUUUUUUUAAAAAUGCCUAAAAGUAGACGGUAUACAGUGAACAUUGCCAUACCCAAUUGUAACUAGCUCUUUUUGAAAGUCACUCCAAGCACUUUACAUAUCUGGUUACCCCAGAUUAUAAUUCUAGAUACUUUAUAGUAUUUAAUCAUUAUGAUCAGUUGAAUGAUCACUACUGUCAUACUUUUAUGAUAUUUUAUAUCUAGGAUAUUUUUUACUUGCCAAGUAAAGUUUUGAACUAAACUUUACUUUUAGAAAUUCUUAAACUUGCCUUGUUUUAUUUGUACCUAUAGACUGAUAAAAAGACCGGUAUGUAAUAAAUAUGAACAAACUAAUACUUGGGAGAAGAAAAGGCUAAGUUUUUAAAAUCAGUAUUAUAUGACAUUAUCAGAAGUCAAGCUUAACUCAAAAGAGACUUUACCUUUUCUUUACUGAAUGUGGUACUACAGAAAACUCAACUUGGGAGCAAUUUAUUAAGCACUAUAAAAAUCAGUGUAUUUCCACUGAAGUUAACUUUCAUGAUUAUCUGUUUAUUGGGCUUCUUACCUUUUAAUACUCCUGUUUACUAUUAUUUGCCAUCAUUCAUUAAGACUGCUUUCAUUGUCUAAUAGAAACAUAAAAUAGGGAUUUUAAAAAGAUAAAACUGGCUUAAAUACUACAUGAUUGUAAUGGUAUGCUAGCAAAAUAAGAGAACUUGCCAUUGAGGUAAAUAGUCUGAUCCUAAGACUGAACUAACCGCUAAAUUAAAUGCACCUAAAUAGAAUUUCUUUUUCCCAAUAGUUGAUAUCCUUAUCAUAAAUGUUUUUUUAUAUUUUUGUUUGAGACAUAGGUACAAAUACUUAUUAAAAGAAACAAACUCACUGGAUGUAUAAAUCUAUCAAUGCAGAUUGUGCAUUUGGGGUAAAAUGUAAGGGAAACUGUAAUAAUUUAGUGACAGAAUGAAUGAUACAGAUUGUAUAACACAAUCAUUACCACAAAUUAUAACUAGUAAGUGCAAAGCAAAACACAAGUGUGAUGUAGAGGAAUGAUAACAGAAAUUGUGUCCAUGUUAAAGCCUGAACGUCUUUUAUGCAAAAUAUCAGAAAAUAUGCUUCCUUUUCCUUUAAUAAAAAUUAUAUUUCCAAAGUUAAAAUACAAAUUUCCACAGAAAAAGGGAAACAAUAGCAAAGCAACUAAAUGACAAAAAAGUGUAUUAAAAUGCACAUAUAUAGUUACCCCAGUUGAUUACUGAUAAAUAUAUUUCAAUAAUAAUAAUUUCCCCCCUUGCAAAAUAGGUCUGCCGUUUAUAAACUUGUACAGCUCUAUUUGCCCAACUAAUUUGACCUGCCAACUAUUUACCAUUUAAAAAGUUAUCAGGUAAACCCAACAAUAAAACUAAACUUCAAAUACUUUUAACCAUAUAUUCUUGUAUUUCACACACAGAAAAUUCAUAACAGCUUCUAAUCUACCAUAAACUACUGUAGUCAUUAUCUCUGAUCUGUCCAGGAUUAAAUCAAUCUUCGACUGAUUCUUUUCCUUAAAAUUAUAAGCAUUAUAAUAUGCUUUCAUUCCUAUGCCUACAUAUUCAUACAUGAACUUUAAUACAUUUGGAAAUUGCAAAUUAUUUUAGUACAAGAAAAAGAAGUAUCAAUUUUAUACAUAAUUUAAGCAUGGAGAGAAAUAAUCUUUGAGUUUUUUAAAAAAAGUGGAUCCUUGAUGAAGUAUUAGAUUUUCACAGAUAAUUCUGAAUCUUAUCAUCUAUGGAAGGAAAAAUCAAGGGAUUCACCCACAGAAAUUCUUCACUUCUAUCUCCGGGCUUCCCUUUCAAAUAGGAAACAGACAUGAGUCAGCCGAAAAUAUUCUAGAUUUAUAACUAUCAGUCUAAGAAUUAUUUUAUUCCUGUUUACAGUAUUUGACAGUAAGAAAAACUAUUUCCUUCCUGGAUUAUACCAAAUCAAUAGGGUAUAAUUAAAUGUGAAUUCCUCCGCCCUGAAUUAUUCCUAUAACACCAAUUUAAGAUUGCUCUAUUGAAAUAUUUCUACAAUAGAAAUGAAAGCUUAAUUUUGUUCUGAAAAUUCUAGCAUUUGAAUAAUAAAUGGAAAUAAUUUACAACCAUUGGGACUACAUUUUGUGUCUGUUUAGUGGGAUUUUUUAAUUAGAUAUUUCUGUGUAAUUGUCAUAGAGGAAUAUUGUAUACAGAAGCUCAACCAGCCAGCUGCUAAAUAUAUUUCCACCUCAAAUAGCUAAUAUGCUAUUGGUUUUUAGUGUAUGGGAGAGGCUAAGUUGACUUCCCCCAUAAGUAUUUAUCUAAAAAUAUUCAUAUAUUUAUGUUGGGGUUUCCUCAGUCCUGUAGAUAUGUGUGGAAGAUCACCAUUUGACAUCAAUAUAUAUGACUGAAUAAUAUCAUCUUGAGACUUUUAGGCAGUCAAUCUAGUUACAAAUAUAGUUACAAAUAUUUAAAAGAUUUGCUAUAUGCUGAAUUACAGCAUUACUUUGAUCAUCACUGUCAUUCAUUCUGUUCUAAUAUUAGUUGAGCUAAGCUCUGUAGUAUUUUACGUAGUAACCACAUAAUUGUAAGAUGCUACUCAAUUCUUACUAUUAUUGGUAUUCAUUCAACUUAACCGUUUUGCUUCCCAAUCACAGUUAUUCCCUUUUUUUAUAAUAGGACUUGCAGGGAGUAUACAAUACCUUUUCAGAAAGCAUGACAUCUAGUAUUGAGGAUUUCAUUCUGCAAAUAGUAUUAAAAUACUAUUAUAAUAGUUGUCAUUAAAGAAAAUAGAACUAUGUUAGUUUGGGUAUUGUUCCCUACACCUACUAUAUGUUAUCAGCUUAAUGAAGUAAUUGUUGAGGGCAAUCAUUGGGAAGAUUUCUAGAGAGGCAGAGAUGAAGAGAAAGGACCAUGAAAACUCUCAAGACAUCCUCUGACUGGACUUUGCUCUAUCACCUACCAAAGUUCUAAUUCCACCAACCAACUGCCCUGUAGGAAGGCUACCAGGAUCUUUUUUUACAAUUUUUAUUUGCUUUUUUAUUUAUGAUUUUUGAUAACUGAUUGCAAACUGCCUUGUAAAAUGUCUAUCUUGGAAGUCAGAUUAUAAAUAAUUGUCAUGAGAAAUAUUUUUAUCCUACCAAAAAAGUGGUUGAUUUUUAGGCUUUGUGCAGGCUUCACGCUUGUGGAUGGGUUCAUUUAUUAACUUUGUUGGGCCGUUUUUCUCCCUCUGGAGGCUUCAGGGAAGCCUCCUGAAGCCUCUGGAGAGCGAAAAACAGUCCUAUGGGCACUGCCUUCCCCAGGCUCCUAGAAAGCUUCUGGAGCCUGGGGAGGGCAAAAAAUGGAUCCACAACGCGCCAAGGGCGGAGGUUGCACACGCAUGCAUUAGGGGUGUCACAUAGUGUGGGCAUGCCCACACAUGAUCCUCCUGUGCUCCCUCCGCUUUUGGCAUGUGAUGGCAAAAGGUUUAGCCAUCACUAUUACAUAGUGAAAGACAGGACAUUCACAGAUACCUUGUGACCAUCAUGACUAAAACAACACUCCUUGCCCAAGUGAAUUUUACCAAAAUUCUCUCCUCUGAAAUAAAAUUUGAAAGCACAUUAUUUUAAAUUGAAUUGGAACAGAAAGGGAAACAUCAGAAUUUUCAACACGGUUUUAAUAUAAUGCUAAAUGAAAUGUUUAUUUUGUAUUUGGAUUGCAAUGGGUUGCCCACUAUUAACAAGAUCUAGCGUACACCUCAUACAAUAUUUUUUUCCUUUUUUAUCAGAAUUCCUGAUUGCAAAUUCAUUAGGUUAUUGAGCAAAUAAUGUACACUAUUCUUAUUUUUGUAUACCUUUUUUGUAUUAAAGGACCUCCAUGGCUAUCUGCUUGUUCUCUCAGGGAUGGGUGCACAGCAGUAGCAUAUGAAGCAUUGUGUCCUUAAAAGUCUUCAUUCCUAUUUUAACUAUGGGUUUUACAUUGUUCUUUUACAAAUACCAAUUUGACCUUACUGGACCAGAAAAUCUUAAAUCACAUUCAAUAAUUAUUUUCAUUUGACAAUUAUGUUCAUCUGACAAACUAGAUUUAUAAUUAUUACAGGAACAAAAGCACUUUCAAAACAGAUGGUAUUGUACCAAUGAAAUUUUGAGGCAGUGAAAAUCAACACAGCAGCACUGAAUUAGUUUAAAUUUCCAUAUACCAUAUCAGUGUUGAUGAAAACAUAACCAAGUGCCAGACAUAAUUCCAGAUCUGCCCAUGCAAUUCUUUUUGUCAAUUGUAUAUUUCCUAUGCAGUAGAAAGUUGUACAUUAUAUUUUGUACAAAUAGGUGAGAACUAUUGAAAGGAGUUUCUAUUUGAAGUAAUCCUAAGUAUUGUCUGUUCACUACUUAGUUUUUGUUGGCAAUGUAAAUUUAACAGUGUAUUUUAAUGAUGGUAUAUUGAGUAUUAAUGAUAUAUAGAUAUUGUUUUAUUUAAAGUUUAUUUUCUUAAAGUAUUAAAGUAUAAUAGAAUUGUU